UCCGACGUCCAACAAAGAUUACAAUUAAUCCGCGCGGACUCACUGAUGUUGGUCAAUUAGUUCCACGGCGUUUCUAAAGUUCAACAUAGGCUACUAUCUAAAGUUAGAAAGACUAAAAUAAUAUUGCAGCAUUCUUAACUCAAGGUACUGAAAUAUAUAUGAUGCACUGUUCAAAUAUAAACAACCAAGGUUCAAAUAUAAUCUACCCAUCUCUUCCAGGAGGGCCUGUGGUCAUUUUGCGAGUGACUAGUGAAUUUCAAAAGUUUGAUCAGCAGACAUGGAGAACAGCAAGGGGGACCAACCCCCAGAGAAAAAUCUGAUUGGGCCUCCACUGCCUUUCUCAGAGGUGGUAUUAUUCGAUGGCCAGCCAGACUGCCAGAGGAAUCCCUUGAUGAGCAGAGAGAUGUUUGGAGGCCUGUCCAUCUCAAUACCAAGGCAGGAACCAGGGACAUCCAGGCUCAUGCGCACCAACUCUGACUUCUGCAGAGACCUGGACGGUCAACUGAAAGGCUGCUUCGAUGGUCCAGCUCUGAGCAGUGACUUCCUCAAUGAAGACCCUGUCUCUCUAAAAAAUUAUUUUUUCAAAGAGUUAAGGGAUCUAGGCCUGGAGAACUCUGGGGCAACAUGUUCAACCAUGGAGGAGCCCCAGCCUGCUGUGACCAACACCAUGCUCCUGGAGACCACCACCCCUGGGCCUGACUCUCCAAGCCAACCGCCAACUGUCUUCCCUGUGGACCUGGCCGCUGAGACUGGCCCUUCCCUUCAGGAGCUCUUCCAGCCACAGAUGUUCCCUGAAGUGUUCGGACCAGGCUGUGGUAUAAGUAGCACUGACCUGCUGCUGCCUACCAGCACACCCCCUCCUGGUUACUCACCAGCCUGUGGAUCCACCCAGGGUGAUGAUGGACCCAAUAGGGGCUCUAUGAACAACCUCAGUCUGGACCCGAACUCAGCCCAGACAACACCGCUACUAUCCCAGCAUGCCCUGCCACAGGUGGAACAGGCUCAGCGCUCUCAGCUCUGCAGUGACUCCAUCUUUGAGCCAGGGUUUAGCUCAGCCCACCCCUGGUCCCAGGUGGUGAAGUUUGAUGCUACCCCCCAGGCUCCCACCACCGCGCAUCCUUCUGACCCCAUGGAACCCACUGACACCACCACUCUGCUCUCCCAGCCCAGCAGCCCUCUGCCAAUGAGCACUAGGGACGCCGGCCAGAUCCACAUCCAUGUCACCGGGGUCAAUGAGGUGGUUGUCAUGGUGACAGAGGUGGAAGGAGAGGAGGUGGAGGAGCUUCAGAGCCUGAUGACCAUAGCGCCCCAGUCAUCUUGCUGCCAGCUGGUGAUGGAACAGCCAGAGAAUGCAGUGAGAGAGGAAGAGGGGGAUGAGAAGAAGAAGGAGAAGCCUGGACGCUGUUGGAGUGGAGGGUGCUGUUUCUUCUCUUGCAUGUCGAGCAAAACAGAGCAAUGAAUAAAAAGCAGUAUUCAUUUUUUAAAUGA